GAGAGGAGCGGGCGGACCCAGCCGAGCCGGAGCCGGACCCGCAGCCGGACCGAGCCGAGCCGAGGAUGAUAAACACCCAGGACAGUAGUAUUUUACCUUUGAGUAACUGUCCCCAGCUGCAGUGCUGCAGGCACAUUGUUCCAGGGCCUCUGUGGUGCUCCGAUGCCCCUCACCCACUGUCGAAGAUCCCCGGUGGGCGAGGGGGUAGCAGGGAUCCUUCUCUUUCAGCUCUGAUAUAUAAGGACGAGAAGAUCACUGUUAACCAAGAUGUCCCAGUGCACGAAGGGAAGCCUCAUAUUGUCCACUUCCAGUACAAGGUCACAGAGGUGAAGACCUCCUCCUGGGAUGCAGUGCUCUCUAAUCAGAGCCUCUUUGUGGAAAUCCCUGACGGAUUAUUAGCUGAUGGAAGCAAAGAAGGGUUAUCAGCACUGUUGGAGUUUGCUGAAGAAAAAAUGAAAGUAAACUACGUCUUUAUUUGCUUCAGAAAAAGCAGAGAAGAUAGAGCUCCACUCCUGAAGACAUUCAGCUUCUUGGGCUUUGAAAUCGUGAGGCCUGGUCACCCCUCUGUCCCGUCGCGGCCAGACGUGAUGUUCAUGGUGUACCCCCUGGAUCAGAACUCUUCCUCUGAUGAAGAAUAGCUGCAGCGGGGGACUCCAGCGUCACCUGAAAAUGCUGUUGAGGGGAGAGAGGGUUACAGCUCCUUUCUUGAGGAAAGGGAAAACAAGCUUCUGUUGGACUGAAACUGCAUUUCUCAUUGUUAGAUUGGCCUGUGUAUCCUCAGAGUUGACUAUCUCAUUGAAAUGUGUUGCCUAGAGAACUAUAUAUACACACAUGUAAUCACCAAAUAGUAAAUGGAAGAUGUUUAUGAACUGGCAUAGGAGCUCUUUACAUGCAGCUGUGUGGUGUGUUAGCCUAGGGGCGCCUGGCGCCCGGGCCAUGCGUGGGGGAGCACAGCGGUAGAUGCAGUAUCAACUCCUUGACUUCUCUAAACCCGUAUUGGUCCUUUCCUGAUCACCCGAUGUGCGCUCAUCUGACAGACUACCUUCUUGUUUUUCACUCAAGACUCUUUAAGUAGAAGGCAUGUUUUGGGUGUUAGGCACAUGGAGGAGACGUGCUCGAGUUUAACCUUUAACACUACAUUAAAACCCCCGUGCGUCUCCGCUUUGAGGCGACCGAUGCUGUUUUAACUGGUCUAACCUUUUUUUUUUCUUUUUUUUUUUUCAACUUCUUGCUCUUCCGGCUUUUGUUUUAAGCAGUCUUAACUCUGUUCAAUGUUACCACUGCACUAUCACAGCGUUCAAUAAAAAGGGGCAUUCAGAUGAACUUCA